CGAUACAGUAACUAAUUGUGGCACUAGCUGAGACCGCUGCCAAAGCUGUGGUGCUGGCGGGCUAACUUAAGAAUUUUGGCGCACGCGUUCGCGUUGGCAAAACUUCACCCCACACCGACGUUUACGAAGCAAACAGCAUGGCAGCCCUAUUUGACGUACCCAGACAGUCGGGGACUCUGUUCCUCGGCGGAACCAAGAAAAGCGGACAGGAUGUUCGAGACGAGUUCGUGCUCGCUACGCAGGCCAUAAGCAACUCCCUCAAAUCUUCCUUUGGACCAAGUGGGCUUGACAAGAUGAUGGUGGACGAUGUUGGCGAUGUGACGGUUACAAACGAUGGCGCUACCAUACUUUCCUUGCUCGAUGUACAGCACGCUGCCGGGCGCAUACUAGUCGACCUCGCUCAACAGCAAGAUAAGGAGGUAGGUGAUGGGACCACCUCCGUCGUCCUCAUCGCAGCUGAGCUGCUGCGCCGUGCCAACGAAUUGAUGAAAAACCGCGUUCAUCCCACUACCAUAAUCACCGGUUAUCGUCUAGCACUCAGAGAAGCCGUGCGAUAUAUGAAUGAAAACGUGUCCAUCACAGUGGACACACUUGGGCGAGAGCCUCUUCUCAACAUCGCCAAGACUUCGAUGUCAUCGAAAAUAAUCGGCAGCGACUCGGAUUUUUUUGCCAACAUGGUUGUAGACGCUAUGCAAGCCGUGAAGUCUGUGAACCAGAAAAAGGAGGUUAAAUAUCCCGUCAAGGCUGUUAAUAUUCUUAAGGCACAUGGACAGUCCGCUCGGGAGAGCAUUCUCGUCAAGGGAUAUGCACUCAAUUGCACAGUCGCAAGUCAGGCCAUGAAGACGAGGAUAACUAACGCUAAGAUCGCAUGCUUUGACAUGAAUUUCCAGAAAGAGCGCUUGAAGUUGGGGGUGCAGGUGACUAUUGACGACCCAGCUCAACUAGAGAAAAUUCGCGAGAGAGAGGCUACUCUUGUAUUGGAUCGCAUAGACAUGAUUCUCAAAGCAGGUGCAAAUGUCAUUCUUACGACUAAAGGAAUUGACGAUCUAUGUUUGAAACGCCUCGUUGAAGCCAAUGCUAUCGGCGUGCGUCGUUGUAAGAAGGAAGAUCUACGGAGGAUAGCUAAAGCUACUGGUGCUACUCUUAUCAGCACUUUGUCCAACUUGGAUGGUGACGAAGUCUUUGAGGCAUCCAGUUUGGGUCAUGCCGACGAGGUCGUGCAAGAACGCAUCAGCGAUGAUGAAUGCAUUCUCGUGAAGGGUACCAAAGCCUUCUCGAGUGCAUCUAUCAUCCUACGAGGCCCAAAUGAUUACUCCCUAGACGAAAUGGAGCGGUCCAUACACGACUCGCUGUCUGCCGUAAAGAGGACAUUGGAAAGCGGCAAAAUCGUACCCGGAGGCGGCGCAGUGGAGACUGCUCUGCACAUCUAUCUCGAGGAGUGGGCAACCAGUGUGGGGUCACGCGAGCAAUUGGCAAUCGCUGCUUUUGCACAGUCGUUGCUUAUUGUUCCAAAAACCCUCGCCAUCAAUGCAGCACUCGAUGCGUCUGAGCUUGUCGCACAGCUGCGCUCUCGACAUGCACUCUCUCAACGCACAGACGCAAACCUACAUCCCCCAGAGCGAGGAGAGUCACAACCUUCGAGCACGGAGGAUGAGAAAACUCUAGCACGCAAGAAGAAUUACAAGAACUACGGACUGGACCUAACCAAAGGGCGUGUGGCCGACAGUAUCAAGCUCGGUGUAUUGGAACCUAGCAUGAGCAAGGUGAAGCAACUAAAGAGCGCGGUGGAAGCGUGUGUGGCGAUCAUGCGUAUCGACACGCUAGUGAAGCUGGAUCCUGAGCAAAGAGCCGAAGAUGACGGACACGGCCACUAGUUAGUGCAGACCAUAAUAUUCAGCGUCAACAAGAAGCGAAGAACAAUCAAAAAAAAAAGAAUACAAUAAAUUGAUAGAAAUGCUAACAUGGCUGAAGACGAUCCAUCAUAUGAAGAUAGCAUUUGUGUCGUC